AUGCCGAGUACGGAGCCCGCACCGGCGGCCGCGCUGAAGGCGGCCAUUGAGAGGGCGGACGACGAGGCGUGCUUCCACCUGCUGACGGAGCUGGCCGGCGCCUCCGGCCACCUGCCGGGCCUGCUGCCCGCCACGUUCGAGGAGCUGGCGGCCAAGGGGCUGCCGCGCGCCGCCGUGAAGCUGGCGCAGCUGGAGUGCGGCAGUGCGGACCUGCGGGAGGCAUGCGACGCCACCCCGCAGGGCGGAUCCUACUUGCACGCGGCCGCGGCGGCCGGCGCCGGCGCGCCGGUGGUGGCCGCGCUGCUUGCCGCCGGCUGCGCCGUGGACGGGCGGUGCGCCGAGGGCGGCACUGCGCUGCACGCCGCCGCGCGGGCGGGGCACCUGGCCACCUGCACGGCCCUGGUGGAGGCUGGGUGCGACCCGCUGGCGCGCAACAGCAACGGGCGCACGGCCAGGGCGCAGGGCGGCGUGGGGGAGGCGGCGCGUGCGCUGCUGCAGGAGGCGGAGGAGGCGGGGCGGGAGCGCUGGCGGGCGCAGCAGGGGGCGCUAUGGGACGGCAAGAUGUCGGCAUGCCAGACUGCCAACGCCUGCCGCCUGGGCUGCCUCUAG